GAUGGCGGAUCAUGAGGAGCAGUUAUCCGACGAAGAGAAGGUGCGUAUAGCUGCCAAUUUUAUCAUCCACGCUCCACCUGGAGAGUUCAACGAAGUUUUCAACGAUGUGCGACUGCUUCUCAAUAAUGACAAUCUUCUCAGGGAGGGUGCUGCACACGCAUUUGCACAGUAUAACUUGGAUCAGUUUACCCCUGUGAAAAUCGAUGGAUAUGAAGACCAGGUCUUAAUCACAGAGCACGGUGACCUUGGCAACGGUAGACUCUUGGACCCCAAAAACAAAAUCUCCUUUAAGUUUGACCAUCUGCGCAAGGAGGCGAGCGACCCACGACCUCACGAUACAGAUGGAUCCAUUGAGGGCUGGAGAAGUGUUCUGGAUACUGCCGUGAGAAACUAUGUCAAGGAGCACUACCCUAACGGGGUGUCCACUGUUUAUGGAAAAACCAUUGAUGGGCAGCAAACCAUCAUUGUUUGCAUUGAGUGCCAUCAGUUUCAACCAAAAAACUUCUGGAAUGGACGCUGGAGAUCAGAGUGGAAAUUCGCCAUCACUCCUUCCACCACUCAAGUGGCUGGUAUUAUGAAAAUCCAGGUUCAUUACUACGAGGAUGGUAAUGUUCAACUGGUGAGCCACAAAGAUGUUCACGAGUCCAUGUCCAUUUCCAAUGAAGCACAAACUGCAAAGGAAUUCAUCAAGAUGGUGGAGGCAGCUGAGAAUGACUACCAGAAUGCCAUCUCUGAAAAUUACCAGACCAUGUCCGACACUACCUUCAAAGCCUUACGCCGACAGCUUCCCGUAACGCGCACCAAGAUUGACUGGAACAAGAUCCUCAGCUAUAAGAUAGGGAAAGAGAUGCAAAACGCAUAAAGCCAACAUUGCAUGACUGGAUUGUUGUAUCGUCUUUGUAAAAAUUAGGUCAAUCCAAAAAGCAGAAACAGCAGUUUGGUCUCACAGAACAAUGUAAAACCAUUACAUGUAAGAUGUCUACUUUUAUUAAGACUUUUAUAUAAAAUGUCAUUAAAACAAAAACUCGAUAUAGUAAUAUAAUCAUGUUUGGAUCAUCUUAUGUCCAAGUUGGAAAAGCUGACUGGUGAGAGAGGUGUGUCGUAGGGCUAAGUUGUCGACAAUUUAAAAAAAAAGAAGGAAAAAAAGAAAUUAAAAAUUAAUUAUUCACAUGCAUCAGUAAUCUUGUGACUAGAAGUCCACACUUACCGAGCACAAAAAAAAAGCGUUUUAAUGAAAAUAUACUGUCCCACUCACUGAAUUAUGCAGAAGGGGCAAAAUGUAUUGUAAAUGAUCCCUCAGUUUAAAAAAAAGAAAGAAAGAAAGAAAACAGCAUUCUUGCAUUCUCGAGCUUGUAUGUUUGUAAUAUCUAUUGCAGUCACUCCUGUUGACCACUCAGAAUGCUUUUGUCCCUGCUGUUGAUAUCCUUCAUGACUUGCCAGUCACCUCAACAUUCAUAAUGCUAGCAACUAAAUCCUUCUAUCAAGAUUCCCCAGGGCUUCUUCCACUCGUAGUCCUCGUACAGAAUCUGAACAAGCCUCAUUAACACGAGUCUUUAGUUGCUACCCAACAAACUGAGGUGGUUAGUUGAUAAGAGAAUUACUGUCUCACUCUUUGCAAGGUCUUUUUUUUUAAAUCAAAGCAGACAUAACUGUAUCAUGGCAUAUUGUAAUAUAUACCUGUAUUAAACAUCUUGUCUGAUGGUUUGGUGAUUUCUUUCUUUGAGAAAACUGUAAUUCAGUCACAG